CUGUAAUGUCACGUGGUCUGCAUUUACUAGCCUAUUGCAAUGGGCUAUGGUUAAAUAGUUUAUAAGACUACAUGAAAUCCGAGUGACGUGACGUUCAAAUCUUACUUUCGUUUUCGUACAAAUUUGUUGACAUAGUAGUGUGGCUAGAAAAUUCCUUAAGAUGUACUGAUGUUGAUGUUUUUUUAUUUCCUUAUUGACAUUGUCAGCAGGUAGAACGAAAAAUGUGCACGUGGCUCGUCCUCGUGUUGUCCCUCACGUUCUCCCACCAUAUCUUGGCAAUGGCUACUCCGCUUCCGGUGGUCUCGGUGGACCGCUUGAGCAGACUUGAGACCUUGACCUCAGCACUCAGUCGUCAGCUGAUGCUGCAGCAGCUCUACGUGGAGGAGAAGACACGCACGGAAGUAGAUUCAGGCAUAAAACAGGUGCGUCUGAACAGAGACGGAUCGAAACCCUACUACACACCCACACACACUGCGGGGUCUGUGGCGGCUAUGCAUGACCACUCCGACUUGAUUCGCACCUGUGGAAUGGGCGAGUUUGCUGCAGUCCUCAACGGCAUCGACUUCCGCACGCGACAUAACGACUACCAGCUGGUCAUGGCCGUCACCAACAGCACGCGAUACCACGCUACGGAGGACAUUCCUUUUCCAGAGGUUCCACCGGAUGUACUGCAACAUUUGGAAUUAAACGACCAGAUUUAUGAAAUGCGAAACUGGUUCAAAGCCUGGAGAGAUGGUAACCACGCGGUCCACGAUUAUCGCCGGUACUUCAAGCCGGUGCUUUGCUACCUGGAAGGCGCCUGGACGGUCGACCAGAACCUAGACGAGCCUUUCGACAGCGAAAGACAUCACUUGGACGCCUCAAGUUGGUUCGAUCUCCAAGAAAAGAUCCGCUUCAUGUCCUACACAGGCGACAAAAGCAACAGCGAGAACCUCGCUUUCCUCCCGAGAACCAUUAUCAACGUCACCCAAGAUGGCGUCCCGGUGUUUGCGCAGUGGAACUACCGCAUCCUCUGUCAUCCCGUCUCCGGAGACAUCAAGAUGAGUGACUUGAAGCCAGUGGACGAUCUGGGUUCGAGGCUUGCCAACAAAUACACGUUUGAGAAAUACGAAAAAACGCGAUUAGCUCGGUUUACUCUCAACCGCUAUGGUGAAGACAAGAGCUUCAGGCACAGUCUUCUGGACGAAAUCAUGUCCCAGAUACCUGGCAAAGAUAACUACGGAGCGAUGAUCAAGGAUGAUGUGUUCGGGAUUCCAAAAGUAAACAUGUUGAAUGACAAGCCACUCAACGUAGCGUAUUACCACAGGUGGUACAAGCUCAAGGAAACAGGGGCCAUGGGUGAGGCGGAUUCCCAUAGGGGAUUCGCGGACCGCAACUUGUUCGUUGCAGAGACAACUCAGGAAAGAGUGGCACCGAUGUCCAUACAGUCCUGCAGGAAAGACAAGAAAGGAAAUGUCUGCAGCAUCGUCACGAAACGAUAUUCUUACGCCAUCCCCUUAGAAUUAAUCUUCCUGACGCCUUUGCAGUCGUGGAACCCUUUUGGGCUCGAGUACAAGGGCUCGGCCCGUUCGGGGCUUGGCAUGACGGUGACAGCUGGUGGAAGAUCGGGAAUGCGAACACAAGAAAGGGCUUUCAAUGGAACUAACAGUCACAAAUACUACCUAACCCCCGUACAGUUCUUCACCGGCAAAGAAGUCGGGGCCGACCCUGCGGACACCAUCAAAGGUGCUAUGGGCGUUCUGGACCGAGCGGGACGUGUUCAAAUGGUGUUGGCCUCAGGGGUACGUAUCUUACUUCCAGAGAUCAAGGACCUCGGUAUCCUCCGCACACGGUUUCCCAUCAUGCCCCUGCAUGUCGAGGGUUCUCCUAUCUGGAAAGAGCUCGAAGCCCUGCGGGACGUGGUGAUGGACAUGAAGAAAUACGAAACAUACUUACAAGCAGGCCCCCAGAAAAGGGCUGUCAAAAGAGUUACAAACAGCCUCGGGCAAGCCUCUGUAGCGACCGUACUAAGACAACUUUCGUCUCAGGGUCCUGUUGACCGGGUUGCGAAUGCAACGAAUGUGUCGCCAUCGCAGAGAAAUUCCCUCGGUGACGUCAACAGAUCCGGGUCAUCACCGCAACAGUAGACGCGAGGUCACUGUGAUUGAUGGAUACGGUGCCAAUUAACCUCCGGGACUGACAGCCUAUCUGAGCCUCCAGUCAUUCCAGAAAACUCUUGGGAGCCGGCAAAACAUGGAAUUAUGUAAGACUGAUUCCAGUUUCAUUUCAUUGCAACUCUCCAAGCCAGCGUUGACCACGCACAGACCACGUUUCACAGACGUAAUGGCUGCCUUGUCUCUCGGGUUCACUUGACCACCACGUAGCUCAAGGGGCUAAACUGACAAGAAACAAGCAUUCCUUCUUUUAAAACUAUAUUUAUCCUGAAUCAUUUUUAUUUUAUGGUAUGAAAUAUUUGAUUGUGGAUCAAGCCACUGAAAACGUUGUUGAUACUUUUUGUAAAACUCCAGAAGCUAAUGUCACAAAUUCUUGUCGAUAAUGUACCUGCAACCCACUGUCUUCAAUUUUUUAUUCGCCUAUGUCAGUAGUGUCCAGUCAUCUGUGAUGGAUAACUUCAGCUCUGCAGCAGAAGAAUAACCCCUGCAGAUAAAUUUCAUUCUUCUGCUGGUCUCUCUGACCAGACAAGGAAUAGACGGCUCUUAUAGAGUUAAUCUUCCCUUUAUUGAAAUUAUGGAGGAAUAGCACAAAAACUAUUUAUUAGUCUGGUGUCGAUGAAUUUGCUUUAAUUAUCAUUCGUGUGAAAGUACGCGUCUCCCUCAUGAAAAUUAAUUUAUUAUUAUUGAUUGAUUUUUUUUUUUAAAUUCAGUAUACGUUUGUAUGUACAUUUUAAUGUCAUUGGUUCCAAAAUAUUUAAGCCAUGAAAAUAGUUUUAUGUAAUAUUUAUAACUAUUUAAUUUCUUCCCAGAAGUUUUAUUGGUAAUUACCCUAGAAUUUUUAAAUUGUUAGUUUUUUCCCUAAAUUUUGGAAUUAAUAAUUGAUUUUAUGAAUAAAAUUCAGA